ACAGCAUCCCAAGUGUUUAUAUCGAAUCGAGACUACAAGAUUAUAUUUAAAGCCAUUUCGCAAGCGGUAUGGAAACAUUGGGCGGUCAGUUUUCGGUUCGUUGAACGUGAGUGAAGUUUCACCUAUGGAGCUGUACACGAACAGGGGAGCUGUCCCCAAGAAGAGGGAGUUAAUGAUGGAGAGACAGAUAUCUACGUCUCCCUACGUGGAGGUUUCGCCAGCUGAGGAGCCAUGCCAUUACAAGAAUUCAGAGCAUUCUUCUCGUCGUUCCCUACACGAUGAAGUCCUGAGAAGCGCAUUGUCCAUUAAGAAUUCACUCACUGUCCCUGUAUCUUCCGUUGGAAGAAGACACAGUUGUAACGAUGCUGAUGGCAUAUUUGAUAGGGCACCUUUCGCUCCAAGUCCCAGUAGAAGAAACUCUACGGUCAAAAGGACACCAAGCGUUGUUUCGACAAGAGGUCGAAGAGGUUCCAAGUAUCAUUGUGGAGUAGAAAGACGGGCAUCUCAUCUUUCAGGAAGCAAAAAAGCUGACUACGCCUUGGUGGUUAAAGAAGGACUGACAGAAGAGUAUAGAAAAGAGAUGAGGAGACGUCGAAUAGUGUGGCUGGUGAUUGGAAUGUUUUUCUUCAUAUUGACUGUUAGCGUUUUGAUAGUAGUGAUAACAUUGACACAUAGAAUGGACGAUGGAAGAAGGUUUGGAAGAUACAACUGUAGUUGUUAAGACGUAAAUGUGCAAUUUUUAAACGUACAAUUUGUGAUAAUCUUUCGAAUAAGUGAGACUUAAGAACAGAAAUCACGAUUGAUGGUAAUUUGUGUCGAAUUUUUUAUAAGGUGUUUUAAUUAGGUUAUUGUUAGUUGAAGAUAUUUUUACUUGUUUAUACAUUAUCAAUUAGGCGUAGAAAUAAAGUAUUGAUUACCGUGA